AUGGGGGUGUUCGAUUUGCAAGAUUGUCCAUUUGCUAAGUUCCAACAUCCCCAUGGCCCAACCCCAAAACGCCCAAUUCUUCCCAUAUUUCCCACCACAUUUGGCUCCGCCGUUCCCUAUUCCCCCCCGCCGCACAACUCUCCGUCUCCUCCCAAAUUUGCACCACCACCACCACCUCCGCACCACUCUCCAAGCCCUCCUCCACCACCAAAACUCCCACUUCCGCCGCCGCCACCACCGCCACAUCCCAUUUCGCCGCCAUCGCCUCACACAUUCUCUCCGCUACCGCCGCAUCCCAUCUCGCCACCACUUCCGCCUGACAAUUCCACCGUAGUCAUCGUCGUGUUUCUUUCCAUCGGUGGAGUGUUCUUUCUUGCAUUCGUGGCAGCCGUUCUCUUCUGCUUCAUCAAGAAGAGACAGAAGAAGAUUGUCCGAGAAACCCACAACGUGAAAAUCGAGGAACACGUGCGCGUCCACGAAGACAUCGUGCCGGGACCGCACGGGACACCGACGGUGGUGCUGACCAUCGACGAGGACUUGCAUGUCGAGGAAGAAAUUCACAACACAAGUGAAGUGGUGAAAUCGAAAGGCUCACAUCUAAGUUCUCAAGCUCCGGUGAUCGGAGAAUCCACUUCUAUCUUCAAACAUCAUCACAACCUCAAAGAUUGAAUAAAUAAGCAUUAAUAAAUGUAAUACUCCUAUUUCCUUUUGAUAUCGGUUUGUAACCAACAAAAUGUAAUAAUACUACUCCUCACUACACAA